CCUCUGCGGCGCUCCACCACUCACAGAAACAAGGUCGUACACACAGCGGCGUUUCACUGACACAGAGACAACAAACCGGUCGUAAUCAUGCUCGGACAGGCUGUGAGAAGAUUCACAACCUCUGCUGUUCGUUCUUCACACUAUGCUGAAGGACCAGGCAAGAACCUGCCGUUCUCCGUGGAGAACAAGUGGCGUCUGCUCGGCUUGAUGGUGGCGUUCUUGGGCGCCGGCUUCACAUUCCCCUUCAUCGUCGUCAGACAUCAGAUCCUGAAGAAGUAAAAAACAAAAAAGGGCCCCGCGCUGUUUUUCAGCCUUGAAGGUCGUCAGCUGGAACAUAUUUAUCCAUCAGAGUUCUGUCCGGGGAGAACAAUGGAAGUCUCUUUUAAUUUUCUUUGUAAAUAAAUAAAAGUCCUCAAAUAUGAA